AUGUCGACAUCUCUUCCAGAUGAGCUACCACACCCCCGCGAUCCCGAACUCGAAGCGCUAGCCCUGGCCGCUGUGCGAGUGUACAAUGCCGCUAGGAAGACGCGUGUAGACGAAUCGGGGGAGGGCGAGGCGUGGCUCGCGGUCGACAAUGUGUGUUUCACCCUCGCGGUGUUGUACAACGCAUGGCUCGAGAUGAGAUCCGGACCUACCCGCCUCCCGCGCUGGGAAGAGGCGACGGCCAAGAUCGCCCGCUCCACCCGCGUAGCGUACGACACGCAUGUCCUUACGAUGUUUGAGCCAGAGGGCUCGACGCUCCUCCGCCCUUCCUUCGGCGUAGGCUACGGAUAUGGAGCCCGACAUGUCCCGCCCCCAAGGGAAGACGUACAAGCGUAUGUGGAGGAGGCCAUGGAAUGGUGGUGGCUAGGCCACCUGCGGUCUCUAGCAGAAACAAGGCUGCCGAGGGGGUACGCCGCCGUGCUGGACCGCGUCCCCAUCUUGCGUCGGGUUUCGAGUUCACCCACUCCUCCCAUCUCUCCAUCCGAUUCUCCAGCGUUCGUACCGCAAGAUCUGCUCCCACACGAACCGAGACAGGCCAACUCGCUUCCCCUCGAUACCGCUUACGCCCACAAGUCGUUGCACGUCGUCAUGGGAUGGCGGGCAAAUGCGCAGAUCGGCGUUCUAGGGCUUCAUGUCGAGCGGGGGAGGGAUCUCGCCACUCCUCAGCCAGACUUUGUUGCCCGGAUCACUCCGCGGCAAUGA